GUGAUGCUGACGCUGCUGGUCCAGGGACCACACUCAGAGAACCGCUGCACUAGGGCAAGCAGGAAGAGAGUCCUCCUUCUGGAACUGAAACAGGCAGUGUGAAGAUCCAUGUGAAGCUCCUUAACCUGCAGCCUGUCUGACCAUCUGGUUGGCAAAGACCCGCAGGCCAUGAGGACUGGUCAAAGACAGUGAGAGGACGUGAAAGGGUAAAUCCCUGUGCCCCGCAGUCUUAUCCCGCCCUGACGUCCCUGCAAACCAGCCAGAGGGUUAACCGUAAGCGGGUUCCUGUAUGGCCGCUUUACUGAUGCCACGCAGGAACAAAGGGAUGAGGACUCGACUGGGAUGCCUGUCACACAAGUCAGACUCCUGUAGUGAUUUCACAGCUAUUCUUCCCGACAAACCCAACCGUGCUCUAAAGAGAUUAUCCACAGAAGAAGCUACGAGGUGGGCAGAUUCCUUUGAUGUGCUUCUCUCUCAUAAGUAUGGGGUGGCUGCGUUCCGUGCCUUCUUGAAGACGGAGUUCAGCGAGGAGAACCUGGAGUUCUGGUUGGCCUGUGAGGAGUUCAAGAAGACCAGGUCAACCACAAAACUGGUCUCCAAGGCCCAUAGGAUCUUCGAGGAGUUUGUGGACGUCCAGGCUCCGAGGGAGGUAAACAUAGACUUCCAGACCCGAGAAGCCACGAGGAAGAACAUGCAAGAGCCAUCUCUGACUUGCUUUGACCAAGCCCAGGGAAAAGUACACAGCCUCAUGGAGAAAGACUCUUACCCCAGGUUCCUGAGGUCCAAAAUGUACUUAGAUUUGCUGUCCCAAAACCAGAGGAGGCUCAGUUAGACCUCAGAUGGGGACUCCUGGAGAUCACUGGCUUUCCCCUCCCCUUGCUGCCAAGACCAUAUUCUAAUGUGAAAUGUCGUAGGUGUUCAAAAGCAGUGGCAUUUAGGUUGGGAGGCUGGGGGUGAGGAAGGGAUGAAAGGCCAUUCCAAAGUAUAAUCCAGCCACAGAGCUCGGACUCUCCUCCAUUUACCAUGUUUGUGUUUCGGUUAGUGGUAGCACCCUGUCGCUGUCACCCUUCUCUGGGGCAGCAACUUGCCCUCCAUAAUGCCUUGGGUCGUCUCCACUGAGAAGGCAGAUUCGCUAUGCUGGGCUAAUCUGUAAAUAAUGCAAAUGCGAUUUCCACCACUUCCAUACCCUCCUCAGUUAGGAUUCCUGCCUUCUAACUUGUCCUAUACCCCUGUGAGGAAUAGCUAGAAGACUCUGGCUCACAUUUGUGAUUGCUGUCACAAUGUAAUGGCCAGUCCCGGUGCUGGGACCUCACAAUUUAGGAAAGAGGUCUCUGUGGAAUCCCAGGUUUCUGGCACUGUCAUUCCCAGGUGGCCUCUGGGAAAAGGGGCAAACUCCAUGGAGUUCGCUGUUUCUUCCAUUUCCACAGGACCAGUGUGAAAGCUGUGAUCACUGCCCAUUUUAGCCUAGGAAAUUCACACGACUCCCAUACCCUUGCAAUUCCAGAAAGGAUCUUGGGAGAUGUCCUUCAUGAAUUCUGAUGGAGCUGCUAUUAAGAAAGAUACAGCUUGCAAAUCUUCCUCAAUUCUACCAAGAAGUUUUCCGGAAGUCGAAUGACCAGGGAAUGUAGUACCAGUAGACUUUUGUGCAAUGGGGCACCAUGUAACCUUUCUGUUGCUUAAUGUAUUCUCUGCCCUCACCUCCCUGUGGCAUCACGCAUCACUGAUCUCUUAGAAUGACAGACAGCUUGGCAAAGGGAGAUGAAUUCCCAUAGCAUGGACAGCUCUCGUGGUGCCUAAUACUUUCCCUGUCUCUCCUCCUUCCCCCGCCAUGCAGGUCAUGUAGUUAUGAUGGGGGAGAAUGGGAACUUAGGCUGUAACUCUCUUUCCAGCUUGCUUCCUGGGAGCAUGCUUUCUUAGAAAGGUCCCUCUCAUGAGGGCGAUUUUGGCUAUUCAGCAGCUUCCUUCUUGAUCUCUGACCUUUUGAGAUUGAACAUGGAACAGGAGGUGAGGCUAAGAAGAUCACUGUGAACAUCUGGUUGUGGAGAACCUUCCCAAAAUGCUUUCGUGGUAUCCUGGGUCUGCUCUUGGAAAUGUGUCAGGAAAUUUUCCUUGGAGGUUGGGUGAGAUGCACAGAACCUACUCUAGCGGCCCAGGGAAAAGCUGACUUUGGCGCAAGAUUGCAGUGCCAAGAAGGUGAAUCCUCAACAGAGAGAGCAGGAGGUGGAAGAGGAGCCUGGAAGAGGCUGGUCUCCAGGUGGACUGAAUCACAGAGAACAUGGUGGAGGUAUUAUUGGAUAAUUCACAGCUGAUGGAUCUGGAUUCACUGCAGAUCUCAAAAACUUUCAGCUUGACUAAAUGAACAGCACCCAAAUGAUUAGGUGUAAGCUCUGGAGCACAGAUGAUUGAGAACUGGGCUGAAGCGUUCUCCUCUGGUGGGGUGAUGGGCCUUUUUAGAUAUUCGGGGGUUCCAGUAUUUGCAUUCCUAUCCAGUAACUUCGUGAAUCUCUUCCUUCCUUGGCUACAGCUAGACAAGGCCAAGAAGGCUCUUGAGUCCCACUGGUGUUGGGGUCCACUGCCCUGCCAUGGCACAUGGUAUCGAUGACCGAGAGUUAGUGUGUCUGUGUGAACCGUCA